CAAGGGCGCUGGUGGGGCUGGUUGGGCGCACCGGAAAGUCUGGGUGCCACCUGCGCCCGAGGACGCGGUAGGGCCGGUCAGGAUGAGGACGCACUGGGCCACCGCUCGCUGCGCGGCGGAGCUCCUCGUGCUGCUCCUUCAAUGCUUCGAGCUGGCGGAGCCCUUUGGCCGCGCAGGGAAUGAUCCAUUCACCAUCGUCAAUGAAAACAUGGGCCAGUGUAUCAAGCCACUAAAUGACUGGAUAGUAGCCAAGGAGUGUGACAAAACCGAGGACAUGUUGUGGAAGUGGGUGUCCCAGCAUCGGCUCUUUCACUUGCAAUCCCAGAAGUGCCUUGGCCUCGAUAUUACCAAACCCACGGACUCCUUGAGGAUGUUCAGCUGUGACGCCAGAGCCAUGCUGUGGUGGAAAUGCGAGCACCACUCUCUGUAUGGAGCGGCCCAGUCCAGGUUGGCUCUGAAGGGUGGAAUCGCCAUCGCAAGCACAAAUUCAUCUGACGGCUGGAAGAAAGGAGGCUCGGGGGAAAACCUCUGUGCCCAGCCUUACCAUGAGAUAUAUACCAUAGAUGGAAACGCCUAUGGAAAACCUUGUGAAUUUCCAUUCUUAGUUGGUGAGACCUGGCAUCAUGAGUGCAUCCAUGAUGAAGAGCACAGUGGGCCAUGGUGUGCAACCACCUUAAAUUAUGAAUAUGAUCAAGAAUGGGGUAUCUGCUUAAACCCAGAAAAUGGCUGUGAAGGUAAUUGGGAAAAGAAUGAGCAGAUGGGAAGUUGCUACCAAUUUAAUACUCAGGCAGCUCUUUCUUGGAAAGAAGCUUAUGUUUCAUGUCAGAAUCAAGGAGCUGACUUACUGAGCAUCAACAGUGAUGCCGAAUUAACUUAUCUUAAAGAUAUUCCAACCUGUGAGCUCUUCCUAUUUGUCAACAUCAUCCUUGUCUUCUGUAGACCAUUUCAUCAUUUGCUCUGUCUCUUCUACCUGGCCCUGAGUAUCUUCAGGUUAUUCCUUCAUGAUGUUGAUGAAGUCUUACCAGGUUCCUAAGUAAUUCUGUUGACUUCCUUCCCAGUGGUA